UUGCGAGCAUUGAGAAUCAAUAAUUAUUCUUGAUUGUUGUGUUAAUUAUGUCUCCUUUGGAUCAAAUUUCAUCAUCUUCUCAAACUUUAAUUACUGCUUUUCUAGGACUUUGUUUAAUUUAUUUAGUUAAAUGGAUCGUGGUUACGGUUCAGACCAUCGUCUCGUUGCCCUCUGGUCCAUGGGGCUAUCCAAUUGUUGGCUAUUUGCCGUUGAUCAAGCAACAUAUUUACCUGGAAUUUGAAAAAAUGGCCUCUAAAUAUGGACCCGUUUUCAGUGUUAAAUUGGGCCAGAAAAAUAUCGUAGCCAUAUGUGAUUGGCCUCACAUGAAAGAAGCCUUUGCUAACCAAGAUUUAUUAGCUCGACCUGAGGCCGUCUUUUUUCCUGGAAUAGUUGAUGUCCCUUCGUUAGUCGAAAUGUCGGGUGACUCUUGGCGUGAACAUCGUCGACUUUCACUUCAUAUCCUUCGAGAUAUUGGUCUUGGUAAGAACAUUUUAGAAAAUCUUAUUAGUGAAGAAAUACAAUCGUUCCUUCAAGAACUGAACAAUGAUGGUAAAUCUAUUGAUUUUCUGAAGAAAUUUGGAGCUUCAGUGUCCAAUAACAUAUCGAUCUUAUUGUUUGGCCAUAAGUUUGACUACAACGAUCCGGUUAAAAUGAAACUCGAUGAAAGCUUCCAGUCAAAUGGAAGAAUAUUUUCAGUGGGAAAUAUCUUCGUUUUCUUGCCUUGGUUAGCUCCACUUUAUGUCGCAUUGGGUAAAUUCAGAGUGGAUCUCAUUAAGAGAAAUGUUUUAUAUAUUGAGUCUUACAUUCAAACUGAAGUUGACCAGCAUAUCGAGAGUUCAUCUGACCAAGUCGUUGAUUAUAUCGAUGGCUAUCUUCAAGAAAGACGAAAGAGAGAAAAGAACGCAGAUUUAUCCAAAGAGCUAGAAAAAAAUGGUAACUUUAGCUAUGGUAUUUUACGUCGUAACUGUGCUGCGUUUUUUGGUGCUGGCUUGGAAACUAUUGCAUCGACAAUGUCAUGGGCGAUGUUGUAUCUUAUCAAGUAUCCUGAAUUCUAUGAUAAAAUACAAGCAGAGAUAGAAGAGGUUAUUGGUUAUGAAAGAAAACCCGAGUACUCAGAUCGAAAUCGAAUGCCAUUUACAAUGGCCUUUCUUUACGAGGUACAACGAUAUAGUUCAGUUAUUCCGACGAAUCUCUUUAGACGAGCUUCUCGGGACACAACCAUUGGUACUUAUAAGAUACCUAAAGAUGCAUUUGUUUUAUUCAACUUCUGGUCGGUUCAUCAUGAUCCCAAAUUGUGGACUGAACCAAGUAAAUUUGACCCUUCACGAUUUCUAACCGAGGAAGGUACUAAAGCCGUUAAACCAGCUUAUCUCGUCCCAUUUUCUGGAGGUAAAAGGAUUUGUCCUGGUGAAGGAUUGGCUAAUGUUGAGAUGUUUCUGUAUCUUGUUUGUAUUGUCCAACAAUUUAGAAUCAAAUUAGAACCAGGAAGUGAGUUGAAUUUAAAAGCAGCUUUUGGAAUCUCUAGAAGACAGAGAAAAAUGCCCAAUAUCAUAUUCGAAAGACACCAAAAUAAAGCAAAGAUUAAUAAUUAGAUAAGAGUAAAAGAAAUACUCAGAUUGGUUUUGUCAGAUGUUAAAAAACUUUUCACAAAAAUCUUAAUAAUAAAAUGAUUUAUUGAUCGUUCAAA